AUGCCCCGCCUCCUCGUCUACUAUUUUGAUGCCGACCGCUACGAACCCGUCUUUUUGCCCGAAUGGGAUUGCCUGAUGGGCCUUGUGGACUUCUUCAACACUAAAUAUGGGCAGUGGGGCACCGAAGCAAGAAAUACCCAGUACAUCGUUACCUCAUCUUACGAGGCGCUCCCGCUCGCUCCGCUCCCUGCGACGUUCAAGAAGGAUGCUGUCGUCGAGAAGGUGACGGGGGAAGUCGAUCUCGUGUAUGGCCGUCCGCAUGAGACGUAUGGCCCCCCGAUCGCGUUCUUCGACCCUUCCAUCGCCCGCUUAAAACAGGAUCUCCGCAACCCUACUACCACGCGAGAGGAGCGAAUCGAACUGUUCCCCCUCUGUGACAAGUUAGUAAAAGUCGCUUCCAAGUUCUACUCCAACGAAAUCGAACAUUCAGUUGCUGUGACACCGUGCAUCGCGGCGCUUUUCCCUGGUCAUACCGUCAUUGCGCAGUCGGCUACCGGAGGAGGCAGAUCUUGUGCCCAUAUCCGGUGGUGUGUCCCAUCUACCGACGACCCGUUGUUGCACUACGCCGUGCUCGAGUUGAAGAAUGAACGCGGGGGAAGAGGCGAUGCUCGGUUCCAGGCCCUCAACCGUUACAAAACAUUGAUCAAGAAGGCUACAGAUCAAAACUACCACAAUCACACGAACUUCCCGGCUCUCAUCCUCACGCUCACCGCGAACGUCUUGUUCAUCGAGGCCGCACUGUACACCGAUACCAUCUACUGCGAAUUCCUCUCGAUGCUCAACCUAUCCCUCCCGUUCGAGGCCGUCGAGUUCAGUCGCCGUGUUGUGGAUGUGAUGGCUGCCGUGCGGCGAUGCCUAAACAGCCUCCGAGACACAUACGGCAGUCUUCACGCGGACCGUCAUGAAGACCGUCCCCCCGUCCCCCCUCUGGGCCACUUCUUCCCUCGGCCCACCGCCCUAGCCGACACCGAGCACCCCGAAGUCACACCCCGCGCCCUGCCAGAGGGCCUGGAGUUUAUCUGCCGACUGGACCACCUCGGCGCACCCGUCCGCGGACUGGCGCUGGACCCGAGCACCCGCAGGUGCAACCCGAUCUACCUCGCCGGGCUGCACGGGACGCCGGUGCUCGUCAAGUUCACGGAGCGGUACAACAUCGACGCGCACGAGAUGCUCGUCGCGCCCGGCCUCGCGCCGCCCGUGCACCACUUCGCGCGCAUCGUGGGCGGGUACGUGGUCGUCAUGGAAUACGUGCCCCCCGAGCGGGGCCGCGACCUCACCGACGGGAAGCCCGCGGGUGCGAGGGCGGAGGUCGCGAGGGCGCUCCGCAUCCUCCACGACGCCGGCAUCGUGUUCGGGGACCUCCGGGAGCAGAACGUGCUGUAUAUCCCCGCGACGGGCGACGGCGAUCCCGCCCGGACGUGGCUCAUCGACUUUGAUUGGGCGGGCGAAGCGGGCGUGGCGGAGUACCCGCCCAGGAUGAAUCCCUCGGUGACUUGGGCGGCUGGGAUGGUACCUGGGGCGCCGAUGAAGGUCGAGUGUGACGAGGAGAUGUUUGAGAUGAUGUUCUCUUGA